CGUCUCGUCCCCUCGUACUCUCGUCUUUCUUGGGAUCUUCCUUGUCUGGCAGCAUCUCCGAGGCCCUGCUCUUCCAUACCUCCUCAAUCUCGACCUCGCACACUCACGGACUGCAACCAUGGUCAACAUUACUUUCGGCGCAGUCGCUGCCCCCUCGGCAGCCGCUCCAGCGGCAGACAACCCGAUUCAAACCGCAGGUCUCGACUUCAUCGUGACCUAUGGCUCCCCUGGCUCUGAAAUGGUCCAGGGCUACUCUACGGGAGACAUGGCUUGGAUCUUGACCUGCACCGCCCUCGUCUGGCUCAUGAUUCCGGGACUCGGAUACCUUUACUCGGGCCUUACUCGAAGGAAGAAUGCGCUUCACAUGCUCUUGCUCACAAUGAUGGCCUUGGCUGUUGUCAGCUUCCAGUGGUUCUUCUGGGGUUACUCCUUGACCUUCUCCUCGACGGGAGGUGCCUUCUUCGGCAAUCUGCGUAACUUUGGUUUCAUGGGCGUCCUCGAGGAGCCAGCAGGUGGAUCGUCGAACCGCCUGCCGGAGAUCAUCUAUGCCGGCUACGAAAUGAUGUUCGCCGCCCUUGUUCCCGCCAUUGCGAUCGGUGCCGCCUGUGAGCGAGCUCGCGUGUGGCCGUUCCUCAUUUUCACCUUCGUCUGGGCCACGCUCGUCUACGACCCUAUCGCACACUGGAUCUGGGCCCCUCAGGGCUGGGCAUUCAAGUGGGGCGUCCUCGACUACGCUGGCGGUGGACCCGUCGAGAUCUGCUCCGGUAUCACUGGUCUGGUCAUCUCCUACUACUUGGGCAAGCGUCGCGGCUACGGUACGGAGCGCCUUCUCUUCAAGCCGCACAACGUCUCGCACAUUGUCCUCGGAACCGCUUUCCUCUGGUUCGGCUGGCUGGGCUUCAACGGCGGAUCGUGCUUCACUGCAUCGCUGCGAGCGGGCAUGUCCGUCAUGACGACGAACACGGCUGCCUCUGUUGCCGGUAUCACAUGGAUGCUCCUCGACUACCGCCUUGAGCGCAAGUGGUCCGUCGUAGGCUUCUGCACAGGUGCCAUUGCCGGUCUGGUAGCAAUCACCCCGGCUGCGGGCUUCAUUGGCGUGCCAGCAUCCGUUCUUGUAGGGUUCCUCUCUGCAGUCGUGUCCAACUUUGCGACGGGAGUCAAGGUAUUCAUGCGCUGCGACGACGCCAUGGACGUAUUCGCUGUGCACGCCCUUGCGGGUUACGUCGGACUCAUCCUGACCGGCUUGUUCGCACAAGCCUCCGUAGCAAACAAUGACGGCAUCCUGGUCAUCUCGGGCGGAUGGUUGGACCACCACUACUACCAACUCGCCCAGCAGAUUGCCUGGAUCGUUGCCGCGACGGCUUGGACCGGAGGAGUCACCUUCGCAAUCAUGCUUGUUCUCGACCACAUCCCCGGAAUCGGUCCCUUCCGCGCCAGCGAGACGGCUGAGAUCAUCGGCGUGGAUGAGGAGCAGCUGGGCGAGUUUGCAUACGACUAUGCGCUCUUCAACCGUGACUUGGAAGGCAACUGCUCGCCUGCUUACCUGGAGGGGCAGAACAAGUUGGACCUGUACGAGGGUCAGAAGGGCGGCAACGGCAGCUCUGAUGGAGCUGCGGCGCCUGCAGCUGGUGAGGCACUGGGCCCUGCUUCUUCGGGCUCUUCAGGACAGCAGGCCGCUUCGCGCACCGUGGCCGAGGCUGAGGCCGCUAAGCCUACGACGGAGACGGUCGACGAGAAGGCGAUGCAGCAUGCAGCGCCGCAGGACGCCAGCGCUCGCCACUGAGCAGGCGCUCCCCUCGUGCCUACCCACUUGUUGUUCAUACCCGACUCCAGC